AUGAUGAAUUCAUUAGCUGAUUAAAAUUUAGAGGGCCAAACAAUGAUGUGCCAAAUACAUGAUAACAAAAUAAUUGCUGUAAACACUGACUCUUCAAUAACUGGAGUUGUUACACACUUAUGCUAUAAAUGUUUGGUAGAUAAAACAAAUAAUAAUAAAAUAUUAACAAUUGUACAAGCAAAAGAACAAAUAGCAUCAUAUAAAAAGUAAAAGUAGAAAAAGAAGAAGAAUGAAAUUGAAAUUAUUCUAACAUAAUUAUAAAACCUGUUUUAAAACAUAUAGUAGUUCAAAUGUAAGGUAGAUACUGUUUUGGAAAAAAUCUCAAACGAAUUAUCCAAAUAAACUAAGCUUAAAUAACAAGAAUUAUUGAUAUCAGAAAAUUGUUUAAACCAGCAUAAUUUUUGGGAGGAUGUUCAAUUAUUAUCGGAAUUUGUUUCGAAAUAAGAAGAGUAAAUUGAAAUUCAAUAUAUGAAUGAAAUGUAAAUCUAGUUUUAGUAAAUUUCAGUUGAUAUAGACUACCUGUAAACUAUUCAAGCUUUUGAAAAUGCUAUAAAGAUAAUAACUAAGUACAAUAUAGAAAAUUAAAUUCAAUUAGAGGGCCCAUAAAAUGAAAAUAAUAUAGUAAAUUUUAUAUAUAUUUAGAAAACUAUUAGUUUAAGUACACUUUGUUAAGAUCAUAACAAGGAAGUAAUUUUGAUUGACAUAGAUUCAGAGAAUAUAUAACCAGAAAAAGGGUUAGCUUGCGCUCAAUGUGUGAGAAAUCGUACCUCAUAAAAAUAUCAAACAAUUGAAGAAAUAAAUGAUUUAUGGAAUAAAAAAAGGCAAAAGGUACAAUAAGAUACUAUUGCUAAUCAAUAAAAGUCGAAGAAGUAAAUUAAAUAAAAGAAGUUAAAUGAAUAAAUUGCCUCAAUCAGUAGACAUUACUAUUAGUAAUUAAAUUUAAUUACUCAAGCAAAUUUUUUCUAGCCUAAUACAUAAACAGGUGAGACUAGUAAGUUUAAAUAAACUUCUAUACAAUAAUUAAGUUAUGAAGAAUUGCUUUCAAAUAUUAAUGAUUUGGCUCAAUAAGACAAAAUAACUGUGAAUUUAGAUGAGCAUAUGAUUACUAAGGAUAUAGAAACUAAAUUAGAAAAAAUAAAACAAGAUUUCUAAUUAGACAUUUAAAAGUCCAUUAAUUAUUUAAAUGAUUAAUCAUGUAUUAAAAUUUUAAUUUUUAGCUGAUAGCCAAUUAUUAGAAAUUAAAGAGCAAAUACAAAAAAUUUAAGCGAGGUCAAUUUUACAAUAAGAAGAAUAGAUAAGAAUACAGGAGUUGGAUGAAUUGAUAAUUUCCUCAAAAUAAUUAUAUUGUUAGAUGGAAUUGUUAAAUUAGACUAAAAAUUAAUUUUAAGAACAUAUGAAAAAACUUAACACUAUUAAAAAAAAAAUAGCAGUGUUUUCAAAUCAUUUGGAUGUUACCAACAUAAAUUAAGCACUCGAUGAAUAUGUUUAUAAAUUUGAAAAGAAUUUUCAAAAUUUGAAGAAAUAUUGUGGAAUCGAUGAAUUGAUUGAAUCUUUUCAAUCAGAGAUCAAAUAAUUAGAAAAUUCAAAUAAAAGCUAAAUAGAAACUAAGGAUGCAUUAAUUAAGAAUUUCGAAUAAAAAUUAUUUUU